AUGCCUACUGGCAGCGAGUCUCCCUUGGCCCCGCUUUUCUCCCACACCUCUUACCAUCACCCAUUAUUUUGCAGCUUUGGAAAAACUAUUUGGCUUGUGCAAACCUGCUGUCACUGGUGGAGGCACAAGAUCGAUUGGGCCUGCUUUUACACCAAUGACGACACCUACAAACUAUGGGCACAGAUCCAUGAUGGCAUGGAUGAUGCAGACAAGAACUUGUAUGAGGAUUUCAAGACCAAAAUACUGAAUUACUACCCUGGCAUGGCAAAUAAUGAACACUGGUAUGCAACUCAGGACCUAGAUGACCUCGUUCACAAGUGGCAAUGCCGCAUCAAGACUAAGGGUGAAUUCGCCAAAUUCUACUGGGACUUCUUCUCCAUUUCCACCUCACUCAUCAAGCACAACCGGAUUUCCAUCCUCAACCAACAGAAGUUCCUCCUCCGCAUACUCAAAUUCCUGCCCCCCAAAAGCUGCCUUUGGGACAAGAUGUUGAACAGGCUCAAACAGAAAUAUGACAGGGCUGUGGACAAACCAUGGACAAUAGCCGAAUUAAAGGAGACAGUGGAAUGGGCACUGGGCAACACUACAACAAAGGUUCGGCCACCAUCCCCCAAUUAUUUGCAAGAUGCAUCACCAGCACCAGUACCUGUCAAUGUAAAAACAGAGAGCAACCCACAGGUUGCCAAUAUUACUGGACACAUGGCUAACCUGGAAGGAAUGGUUUCCCACAUCUACAUGCUCAUGAACUGGCAACCUGCAAUGCAGAACCAACUGGCCACUCAGCAGAACUCCUAUGGACAACCCUCCCAAAAUACAUAUGGCAACAACACACUGGCUACUGGCACAAAUCAGGUUCCUGUCCCAGCAGAGAACUACCUGAAUCAAAAUGGAUAUGGCCCCCAGAAUACUGAGCACACACUCUGCCACUUUGACAGAGUCUCUACUGGUUGCAUGGACAAGAUUGUGACAUGCCCAGGUGCCCAGAAAUAUGUGGAAGAAGGACUCCUUGAGAAAGACAGCACUUAUCAUGUCCUCACUGGCAGCCAAUUUAUCCCGUGUCAUUGGCCUGGUCAGGACCUUAAAGAAAAGGUUGAUAACUACUACAAGGACCACCCAGAACAUUGUCCAAAAUCACAAGCAACCCUCUCAUUGCCUUUCACAACAUAA